CCCCCCUACCUAAACAUUACAUUAGUGAAACUUUUCUUUUUCCAACGCGCGGCGUUUUAAUCAAAUUAUGCAACCUACUUAACGGACAGUCACAGGGGGUCUUCGAAAACAAUGUUCCUUUAAAUCAUGACAGUACUCACUACAUUAAGACUCAAAAGAAGCAAUUUUAUCUAAGGGUACACGAUACGAACACCUGUAAUGCUGAUCCUCUCUCCCAUUGGUCAGAAGUCCUAGCUCAUUUGCAUAUCAACAAAAUGGCUACCUGAUCCUUCUCUCACCAUGCACCCACUGAAGUGUAGUAAGCUGUCGAUUUGUUUAGAGUAUCAAUAUAAAAGCUGUCUUUGUUUCCCGCGGCUAAGGCCUAGGCGUGGUGGGCUGUAUUUGUUGACACGAAAACACCAACUCUUGAACAUGAAGCUGGUUGCCUUCGUUGCCAAUGUACAGCCUCCAACGAUAUAACAUGCUCGCAUGAGAUGCAGUAGAAAAUCUCAAAAGAGCCGUUAGACUUUAAAUUUCAGGAUGGUGAAAUACAUAGAUGCGCCGUUUGGCAGGUACCUGUAUGUCACACCUCCGCCUGCGUACAGCACCCAUUUAGGGUCCACCAAGAAGGAUGUCACUCGCCCCAACAAGUACGUCCACUCGGCCACAGUCAGGCGGUACGGCGGGCCCAAACCCAAGCAGCAGCGGCGGCCCGCUACCGAGGGCGGCAACAAGGACAGGCGGACGGACUGGUCCCGCGUGGACAGCCUCAUAGAGGCGGUGUACAAACCGCCCAAGAUGCCGGCGUCGUACGAGGUUCGCCAGCUAGCACAUGCGGGACAAUACAGGCAAGAACAACAUGAGUUGCCGUCGUUUCGUGCCACGUACUUCAACUCCGCACCAACACAUAACAGCCCUGGCGACUUCAAACAGACCAUAGAGAACUUUAAGAGGGCCCAGGAACAGGGAUGGCGGCCGGGAACAAGUAUACAGAAGGCCGCGGCACGAGUAGCUGGAAAGCCGACGGCGAAAAGUGCGGAGGCGGAGGAUGUGCGGUUGGGUUUCGGGCCGACCAAUGGUUUCGCCCGAGGGUGGGCCGAGGCUCGGACUGAGGCCGUUAUCAAGGCUGCUCAACGUGCUGCUUCCAGGUCUUCGAAUUCCCGAGGUGGAAGAGAGAACUCUCGUGCGACGUCUCGCGCGAAGUCACGUGCCCACACCCUUCCGGUCAUCGUGGAAGAACAGUCGGACAGGAAACGUCAAGAAGAGGAGAUACAGAUGGGCAAGAGCACCCCGUACAGACCCACCCAGCUGGAGCUGACGGACAUGGAGAAGUGGAAACAGGAUCGAGCUACCGACGCUUACAUCAACGAGAUGGAGAAGUUCCGCAAACAGCGCCACCGCCGGUUCUUCAAGGAUCUGGAGGAGGUGGAGCACGAGCAGAUAGACACCUACCACAGACAGCUCAGGGAAAGUAAGAAGAAGUACUUUGAAACAGUAGACCAGCAACGCGCCCAGCUGAAGGACCUGCGGGACCGAUACCUUAGAGAACAGAUCGACCGCUUCAAACGGUUCCACCUGCGGAACGAAGACGUCCAACAGUACCUGGAGACCAGGUCCAUCCCCAGGGACGACUACGGGCUGCCCGAGGUCCUGGAGGGAGAGCUACCUCGGGUCUUCUCUCCCAAAGCUCCUCUUCCUCCCAAACCGCCGUCAGUCAAAUCAGUCAUGCGAGCGAAGAACCUGAGUAAUUUCGCCAGUAUAUGGAACCAGAGAGCCGCUCAGCCUAACUGGGCGCCUCAGACUGUCGACGACGAGAAGCUGCUGCCGGAUAUCAAGAAAUUCUUACCAACAAGAGAAGAAACGCCAAAGAACACAUCGAAGGCUGAGAGGGUGUACGCACAGAAGCCACCGUCGAGACAAGCGCAGGCGCAGAAGCCGCAGUCUCGCGCCUCACAAAAAGCAGCAUCUACCGACAAGGGGAUGGCCAAAGCAGCGGCCACGGGGCCACAGAAGGUCAAGUCGCCAAAGAAAGGCAUACGACUGGCCACGAGAGGGUCUCGUAAAUUAGGAACACGGGGGACGAAGCGGUCCCUAAAAGUAGGCUCGAGGCAGGCUUCGAGAGGACAUCACGAGACGAAGCCGCAGCAUGAUUCUAGAAUGCCACUCAUUGUGCAGAAAGUUGAGAACAGAGUGUCGCCAAACUCACCUGAAAGAUAGUCUAUACAUGGUGCUACAGCUCGCAGUUUCUUGUCUUUAAAAAGACCAAAUCUGGCUUAUGCUGCUCUUAUGUAUCUUUUAAAUGUAACCCUAAAUGCUGCUGCAAAGUUGUCACUUUUCCAGAUGUCGGGAUCGUUUCUUAACAAUUCUGGUCAAAAUGUGCAAAUGUAUAAGUGUGAACGUUCAUGCCAAACGUGUUAUUUGUAGUUUUGAUGAUAUUAUAUAUCAGAUUCCAGCUACACAUCUUAUAUAUUACGAACCACUUAUUAGUAAGCCUGAAAAUCUGCAUUAUCAUAUACAAGAUGCUGCUAUGUAUAAAGGAAAAUAAUUAUAAGUUCAUGGAAAAUGUUGAAGUUUCCACAUUGUUGUCAUCAGAUCUAUAUAUAUCAAGACAGUAUCUUGAAAUUAUAUUUAAGUUUGUUUCCAGUGUAGACGAAGCAAAUGUUGCUGAACAAUGUGUAUUUUGAAGAAGUUUUGAAAUUUCAGUAUUUUUUACUAUUCGGAGUUUUCAAACGGCUGCUGUAGAUGUGACAUAGUUGGAACGUGCUGACAAAUAGGACUGGGCAUAUUGUCUAUCAGUCAAUAAACAUUUGAUGAUUACA